UCACAUCUCAACAAAUAUUCAUUCUCAGAGCAUUUCAAAUCCAAAUUUUCCCGAGAGAAAAUCAAAGUUUCCUGAGAAAAUGUCAGGUCGUGGAAAGGGAGGCAAAGGAUUGGGCAAAGGAGGAGCCAAACGUCACAGGAAGGUUCUAAGAGACAACAUCCAAGGAAUCACUAAGCCGGCGAUUCGGAGAUUGGCUCGUAGAGGUGGUGUCAAGCGUAUUAGUGGUCUGAUCUAUGAGGAGACACGUGGCGUUCUCAAGAUCUUUUUGGAGAAUGUUAUUCGUGACGCUGUUACUUACACUGAGCACGCUCGGAGGAAGACGGUGACUGCUAUGGAUGUUGUUUAUGCUCUUAAGAGACAAGGAAGAACUCUCUAUGGAUUCGGCGGCUAGGGUUUUUAAUUGUUGUUUGUCUACGUUUCAGAAUUUGGUCUUAACACCGAAAAAAUUAAAAACAUGAAGGAUGU